CUAGUUUGUCCAAUUAGUAGUAAUUAAGCUUUGCUCGCUUAAUUAAGGCGGUGUACGCCAGAUCAGGCUAGCUUUCGAUAAACACAGAAACCUGGCUUUUAUUGGUAUUGACUUCCCAAGCAGCUGAAGGGAAUGUAGCCCUCCUAGCCUGCCUUCAUCUUCACUCCUCCACUCUGAAUGCCAGGAAUAGCCUCCACCGAAGGACGUGGGGGGAGAGUCGCGAGGCUCUGCAGGGGCGUCGCUUGUUCCCAGUUCUCCUGAGGCCAGCGGAGACAUCGCCUCCGUCAUUUUCUGUCUGGCACUACUGGGCCCGGGAUGGAAGUUAUCCCCGCACCCCACCACGCGCCACGUGUCUACGCAGUAGUCUCAGCCUGUGCGUGAAAGCAGGUGAGUUGCCAUGGCCCGGGCAUCUGUGCAAACUAGGGUCUUUUUGCUUGUAUCGGCGUGUGCGCAUACAGUUCCGUUCUGUGCAAGCCUUCCCGGCUUAUAAAGCAUUCUAUGUCAGCGGCUCUGGGUCGAGAGCUAAGGGCUCUAUUUGUGAGUAAAGCGUUUCGGCGCGGAGCUUGCUCCCCGCUCUAUGGGCCACUUGGUACGGUCUGCGCCCCCCUUCACUUCCUCCGGCGGUGGUUGCGCCUAUCCAACCCGGAAGAGCCCAGGCUCCGCGCCCGCCAUGGAGCCUCCUGGCUGUCUGAGCGAGUCGGGCCCGGCUCCCUCGCCCGCGGAGUCAACGCCGGCCUCGGUGACACUUGCGCAGCUCCUGCAGCUGGUCCAGGAGGGCCAGGAGCUCCCCGGCCUGGAGAGGCGCCAGGUCGCGGCGACCCUUGCCGAACCCACGGCGUCCCGACUCCCGCGGAGACCCAAGCCCUGGGAGGCCGCGCGCUCCGCGGAGCACCCAGCGCCACAGUUCCAGACCGGGGACGGUGGGCAGAGGAGCCGCCUGGAGGAGCCUGGCUCGGCCGUUUCUGAGGCUCGAGGUCCUUUGCAGCUGUGAAUGAAAACUUUUGCUGUCCUGUCGACAAAGGACCCUGCAGCCACCCAUCCGCCAGUACUGCAACCCCAAGGGACAGCCCCCAGAAUGAAGGAAAUUGGCCUGACAACUGCUGAGCCCUCAGCCACCACAGACACUCCCAACCGUGCACCCCGAGGUGCCUGCGGAUAGGAAAGAAUAAGAUACUGGCCUUGGAUAGCUAAGGUUCAUAGCAAAGGAAUGAUUUUAGUGAGCCCGGACUCAUGACUUCCUAUGCAUGAGAAAAGCUGAACUCUUUAACGUGAGCUGUCUGGUUUUCUUUAACAGUAAUCUUUUGAUGGUCUGACUACCCGGUUUUGUUGCAAAACUGUUGUAUAUCCUACACAGCAGUCCCUCAGCUAUGUGAGGCUGCGUCCUGGGUUUGAGUUCUCAGUCUGCCAAAUAAAACUAUUUUCCACUUUUA